CCUAAGUUUCCUAACUUCACCUUAUUCAUAAGCUUUCUCUUCACUAAUUUCACUUUUGUUGGAUUAAAAAAAGUGUUUUGCCCUAACCAUAGUAAACAUAUGGCUAUGGGUGCUUUCCAAAAAAUUUUCCUCUUCCUCCUUAUUAUCUCUUGUUACAUCCUCAUAAUCGUCAGCGAACAAGAGGAGACCGGUUUCGUGAGCUCAAUAAACCCUAAAUUUUUUAAAAAGAAAGAAACUUUUAGUCACUUUAGAUUCUAUUGGCAAGACAUCGUUGGAGGAAACAACGCUACGUCCAUUCCAAUUAUUCCAUCUAUCCCUAAAUUCGACAACUCUUUUAGUGCUUUUGGUUUAGUGAGGAUUAUUGACAACGCUUUAACGUUAGGACCAAAAUUGAACUCGAAGUUAUUAGGUAGGGCACAAGGAUUUUAUGCAGCUACCUCACAAACCGAGCUCGUUUUUCUUAUGGUUAUGAACUUUGCUUUGUUUGAAGGAAAAUAUAACGGGAGUGUCAUCACUAUCUCAGGAAGGGACGUUGCGUAUGAUAAAAUCAGAGAAAUGUCUGUGAUUGGCGGGAGCGGUGUUUUUCGAUUUGCUAAAGGAUAUGUUGAAGCUAACACAAUCUCUUUUGAUCCUAUAACAGGGGAUACUAUUGUUGAAUACAAUGUCUUUGUUUCUCAUUAGGAUUGAUGUUUUUUGUUUUGUUGUUAAUAACUAGUGAUGACGUUCAUCUUUGCGU